AUGCACCCACGCACGCAAAGCUACAGCUCCCUCCCCUCGCUGCCCUCCACGCUGACCUCCGCGCUAUCGUGGACGUUCAAGGCUUUGACCUCGCCGUCGACCUCGCCACCCCUCUCCGCACCCCUUCCCGCCCCCGGCGCCGGCCUCGCAGCACACACCCGCCCCUCCCCCUCGCCGCCAUCACUAUACACGCCCCCGGCGCUCCCGCCGCUCCCCGCGCUGCGCCUGCCGAGGGACCGCCUGCUAAAGCAGGCGCUCGCUGAGGAGAUACGGCUCCUCCUGCCGCCGAGACUGCAGCUGCAUGAGCACUGGCACUGUGUUUACGCGCUGGAUAUCCAUGGUGUUUCGUUGGGGACUCUUUAUUCUCGGUGUUCUGGUGGUGGAGGGGGGAGUGGCAGUGUAGGCUUCGUGCUCGUUGUUCGGGACUCGCUGGGCGGGAUCUUCGGCGCUUUCGUCAACGAGCCGCUGCGGCCACGCCACGGCUACUACGGCACGGGCGAGUGUUUUUUGUGGAAAUCCCGCCUUCUCCCAUCCCUCCCUUCUUCCUCACACCCCUCCUCCCCCAACACCGAGACCCACCUGAGUUUCCAAGCCUUCCCCUACUCAGGCGUGAACGACUACAUGAUCCUGUGCGACUGGAGCUAUGUGAGCAUUGGCGGGGGCGACGGGAAGUACGGGCUGUGGCUGGAUAGUACCCUCGAGAAGGGCGUCAGCGCGUGUUGUCCCACAUUCGGGAAUGAGCCGCUCAGUGAAGAUGUGGGUGGUAAGUUUGAGGUGCUCGAUGUCGAGGUUUGGAGGGUGGGGGGUCAUUGA